AUGCCACUUUUUCGUUUUGAUCGUCUCGAAAUACUGGAACUUCUUACGCUUUUGGACCUCACAGAGUUCAGAAAUAAGCACAAAACAAAAAUCGCAAACCCAAGAAGGCAUACUACUGUGUUUAACGGUCAGCGAGAUCAAUUUGACGAUGAACAGGAGAUCGGCGAAUGUCUCAUAAGAGCUGGCGUUGUUCUUGAAUGGGUCUCAGAUGUUGAGUGGGCAACAGAACUUCCAGUGCUGGCUGACUCGAAGGAUGAGGGUCCUUCAUUGACUCCUGUAGUGUUUCCGUGA